AUGGUACGUACAUAUAAUUGGAAUCCAUCAACACAAACAAAUGUUAAACUAGGUAACAAUUUGUUAGAAGAUAGCAAUAAUAAAUAUGAACAUAAUCAUGAAAAAGUAUCUUAUAAUAAUAUUGUAAAAAAUUCCAAUGAUUUGAUUGAUGGUGAGUUAUCUAGAAUAAAUCCAACAAAUUACAUCUAUCAAAAUAAUUUAUCCUAUCCACAAUUAAAAACGACAACAACAUUAUCAAAUAAUCCAUCUUUUUACCCUAUUCAAGAUAAAAAUAAUUAUUUACCAUCAACAAUACCCUAUCAUUCUAAUAUAAUUGAAGAUAAAGAAAAAAUUUCAUUCAAAAACCCAUUAGAUAUUUCAUGGGAUGUACCACCGGAAAUUUUAGAAGGAAAAACAUUUAUUGUUGGUAUGAAAGCAUACUCUAUAAAUGGAAAUAUUAUGUAUAAACCAUUAUCGGUAAAGAACAUUUUUUCAUCAUUAAUUAAUGAACAUGAAGAAAAUAAUAAACUUAAUGUAGAAAUUUCUUCUCUAAAUAUUAAUAACCAAAGAAUGGAAUAUACAUUAAAUAACAAAAUAGGAGAAGAAAAUUAUAAAAAACUUUUUGAUGUGGAAAGGACAAAUGGUAAAAGUUAUUAUGAUAAUAAAAAUUUAUAUCCCUAUACAAAUGAAGAUAUGAAUAGGACAAUUGAUUAUACAAAUGAUCAAAAGUUACCAAUACUUGGUAAUGGAAGAUUUAUUAAUAAUACGAGUUUAAAAGAAGAGAAUAUAUUAAAAAGAAACAAUAAAAUAAUUGCACCGGGUUUAAAUGACAAAGAAAGACUUAAAUAUGAAUUAUUACAACAAAUUGAAGAGAAUAGACGUCGUAAAGAAAUGGAAAGAUAUAAAGAAUGGGAAAUGGAAGAAAAAAGAAAAAUUAGAGAUGAAAUAUAUUUUGAGAAACAAAAGCAUCUAAUAAAAGAAGAAGAAUUACAAUCAAAAUUAAAAAUGGAAAGAGUUCAAAAACAAGCAGAAGCUAUAGCAGCAAGAGCCUCAGAAAUGACAAAAAAUUCUCUAAAUAUAAAAAAAAAAUAUUCACAAAAUGAAAAAACUAUUAAUAACGAGAAAGAUGAUGGUGAUAGAAGAAAAAAAAAUUAUGAUGGUAAUAGUUCAGAAGAUAAGUUAUCAUUAAAAAGCAUGACAUCACACAGUUUACACUCACCUUCUUCAUCAUCACCUCCUAAACGAUUAGAAUGGUGGGAAAUAAAAAAAAAUAAUCAAACAAAUGUUAGAAAUACAACGACAUCUCCACCAAUACCCGUUCUUCGUAAUAAAAUAAAGGAUGAAAAUAAUGCUGGAAUAAAUAAUGUAUCAACUAAUUAUGAAGAUACUUAUAAUAAUAGUAACUUUAUAACAAGUGGUUAUGAAAAUGAGGGUAACAAUGAAAAGUUAGAGAAAAGAGAACACUCAGUCUCAUCAACAAAAUCACAAAAUUUAUCUGCUACAGCAGAAUCACUACAAAGACAGUUACGUUUAACGAAUCCCCAAUAA